ACUCCACUUAACGACUACAGCGGUGCAGUUUGUUUGUUCCGACCGUUUGCGCUUGGCCGCAUUUUUAAGUCGACGCAAGGUAGAAAUUAGCGGACCUUCGGUAACUUUGGUCGCCACGCUUUUUUUUAUUCGCCAAGUUAUUUCGUCUUUGUAAGCGCUUGUGCGUCACGUUAUUUCAAAUGACUCUAACGCGACUUCGUAAAACGGUACUUCGGUUGUCAAACAACAGUGUGUUUGUCCAGGCAACUAGACGGGGUAGUCACGGUGUCGUAGUUUUGUCGUAACUUCGCUAUUCCCAAGGCGUUUUGCUAAGCAGUCUCAUCACUUUGUUGUGGUCAAUUCACACAGCGCGAUGGCCGCACGAUCCCCCCUUUAAUCUUGUUGUCUGCCAAAAAAGUGCCAAUUGAUAUUAUUCCCGUCUUUUAUGGGUGCAUAUGUUCGUUUUCGUGUGUUUUUUUAUGCACCACCCCUCCUGCCAUAGCGGAUUUGGUUUGACAGAGUAUGAAGUUCAUAACUACAGUGUUAGCAGAAAGCCGUAAACCUAUGGAUCCAAUGGAUAUUUCUGCAGCUACCUCCACAGGAGUUAAAAAACGGCGCCUCAAAAAGAAGGGUAGGAAGUGGCACAAAAGACCCCACCUCAGGAAGACUGCCGUUCAGCCCCCGACUAUGCAAAGUAAAGAUAAGUGUGGACCAAAGAAGAUAGCAAAAGAGUGGGAGCAAAGCAAAGUGUGGCCUUCAUCAAAGAGGACCCCCAAGGAGGCACAACAAAGUUGGUGCAUGACAAAUGACUGUGAGAAUUUGCUGAAGUUCUCAUGCACUCAAUGCAGCGACAACUUGGAAUAUGGUCCCAAAGACCUAGUGAGACACUUUGAGGAUAAACACAGAGGGAGUCCUCCAGUUUUUUCCUGUCAUAUGUGUACUUUUAAUACACACCAGUUCUCUUACCUACAGAUUCAUCUGUUAAGCCACAAGGACACUUUUUCGAGUUGCAGCAUUUGCAAUGAUGGCGUUCAACGCACAUGGCCUGAGUUCAGCACACACCUGACUAUGUGUCACUGCCAGAAUGGCAGAUAUUCAUGUGAAACAUGUCGCAGAUUCUCCACAAGUGAUGUUGGAGUAUUUUUAGAACACAUAUAUGUACAUAAUUUGGGUCUAGAAGGAGCACAUGAUGAUCUAUUGCUGCACACAAAGGACAAGAAUCCAAAACCAACCACUUUAACCUGUCAACACUGUGGCUAUGAGGCAUCUCAGAAAUGGUUGCUUACUAAGCACAUAAAAACUAUCCAUGUUUGCCAGAAUGGUGAUCAGAGGCGGAAGAAAAAGGAGGUUAAUUCCAUAGCAAUGAAACCAAAUGACCCCAUCCCAAAAAUGAAGCCAAGAUUAACAAGAAGUGCAGUUAGGGAAAUGUGCUGGCUGACACAGGACUGUCUGUCUCUGCCAGGGAGAGAAUUCCUGGAUAAAUAUUGCCAUCUGUCAGAUCCACAAACAACACUAGAGGAGACGCAACAGUUUUUGAUGAAAUCUGUCGCUGGGGAAACUGGUGACCAGAAUUGGACCAAGGCUCUUAAAACUGUUUUGUCGAAUGUCCCUCAAGAUGUGAAUCUUCACCCAAAGUCGGAGAAUAGCAUCAUGUCGAACUCGUCUGACCUCACUGUCCUCACAGUCAAAAAUAAGAUCACUGUAGCACAGAACGGUGCUGCAUUUGCUAAAAGGUUGAGAAGGAUGACAGCAUCAGAUAAAGAAACAGUUUUGCCUGGAAGUGCUGCUGAGGAUGCCCGUUGUAUAGUUGACCAAAGUGGGUGUCAGUCAACUGUGAAUGAUUAUUUACCUUGUCCACAAACUGACACCAAACUCCACAAUAAUGUAUUGGUGUCAGCCCAGAGUGAGACAACUGAGUGCACUCAAAUGGAAGAAAAUAUAGAAAAUCAUGAUUUAAAGACGGAUCAGGAAAUUGAGGAACAUCGUAAAAAACAUCAGGAACCAGUGCAAGAGGAUAUUAUUAAUAUUUCCAGUGAGUUGAAGUUGAAAAAUGAAAGUGUAAAGCAGACACGCAUCAAUAAGGUCAAACCGAGAAGGAGACGAAAUCGGAGAUGUAAAAGAAAGACUACGUCCAAAAAAGUGGAUACAAGAUCCACAGGACUUCCCCUAAAAAUUGUGUUGAAGAAAAAUCCAGUGAAGGGGAAGCAGUGGGUGUCAAAAAGCUCUUCGUCUUCAUCAGGUAGAGAUUCAGCAGCACAGAUUCUUCAAAAUGGUCCACUCUCAGAGGUUCACCAGCAGAAAUUGACCGAAGCUUCUAAGACUGAUUUGUGUGACCUGGCUGAAGCCAUCCCUCCUAUUCCACAAUCAAAGCAGGAAGACCUCAUGUCUGAUUGUACUUCAGGGUCAAUAGGGUCUGAAAAUAUGAACAGUAAUGAUCCUGGCAUGCUCAAAGAAAUGCCUUCAGCCCAGCUAGAAAUAAGAGAUGACUUGGAAAAGUUGCUGCUGUUCUCUCAAACAGGAGAUGACGAGAGAAGUUCAGCUGCUGAGAUGGAGUCAAAUUUGAGAGCUGAUGCCGAGACCAAAUUAGAGAUGUGCUCCAGUAACGCACAACAGCUCCAAACAUCAGGCAGUGACAUGAGCAACCAUGAGUCAGACGAUAAGAAGACGUCAGCAGAAGAAGUGAGUUCUCUCAGCAGUUGCAGCAAGUCACCUUCUUCCGUUUCCCAACCUGUUAUAAUACCACCAGGUGAUGAUUCAAGCCUUGCUCUUUCUUUAGAGAAGAGUAACCACAGUGUUGAAGGGAUAAGAGACGGAGAAGUGCCUGUAGAAUCCUGCUCAGAUCCCCUAAGCAGUACCCAUUCGCUUGUGGAGAAAGCCAUCCAGCAGGAGCCCUCACCAGCCUCUGGGCACCGGCGGCAUCCGGUCCCAAAACACAAGGAGAGGACCCUGAAGUUAGUAGCCAUAAAUCCAUCUCAGUUGGUGAAGCGUCCGGCGGGAGACCAGCCCGUUGUGGUGCUAAAUCACCCAGACGUCGACAUCCCUGAGGUGGCCAGGAUCAUGGAGGUCGUCAACAGGUACAGAGGAGAGGUGCAGAAGGUCAUGUUGUCCCGCAGGACUCUGAAUGCUCUCUCAGCCAUGACCGGUGAGGCCCCAAAGACGCAUGACCCGACAGAGGUCCCACCUGACUCUGCGGCCGUGGUGAAGGAGAGGUUCAUUUUGAAGCUGAAAUUUCGCAAGUUGAACAAGAAAAAGUAUGAAGUCGUGAGCGCGGUCUCUGCGAGCAGGGAGGUUGUGACAAAGUUUCGCUGCUGGUUCUGUGGCAGGGUCUUUGCGAGUCAGGAAAUGUGGAUGGCCCAUCGGCAGCGACAUCUGCUGGAGUGGAAAAGGCCAAGCUGUGAAAACUCAUGAAUGUCACACACACUGGAUGGAAAAAUAUGACUUUGCAAUACAACAAAAACAAUAAUGGAAGCUGUGAUAGCCGGUCUCGUCUGUUUUUUUUUAAGGUCUUAAUGAGUGGUUGUUUUUGAAUCAUUGUCAUGCUUCCUGGAGGGUUCAUGUUCUCAGGGUGAUUUGAACAUUUACCUUUGUCUCCCAGUAUAGCUCGAGAGUAGCUCGAUGCAAACCCUAUGUAGAUUAGUAAUUAUUUGAACAGCCACAAGGACAAAAGGACUAAGUUGACGACUUAGUCAUUUUGUAUUUUUUUUUUUGUAUUUCUUCUGAGGCAAUACAUUUAUUUAAGGUGAUCUAUGUACACUGUCAUGGAAUAUUUUAUAGAACACUGUAAUAUGUAUAUUUGCCAUACCAUCUGAGUUUUAUGGAUCAAUCUAUGUACGGGUAGACUAUACAGUGUGGUAGCUAUAAUAUUUAUGUUUUUGCAAUGGGGCACAGAGACCCACAGGUUACUCCGUGAUACCAAAAUGUUUGUGGUUAAAAAAAAAAAAAAAAAAAAAAAAAA